AUGUCAAAGUACGGCAUUCCCAUCCCACCAUCUGUCGCUAAGUCCGUGGAGGCCACCAAGGUCAACUACGUGCGACUCGGGUCUUCAGGCUUGAAGGUUUCAUGGCCUAUUCUAGGUACCAUGGCCAUGGGGUCAUCUCAGAUCAUACCGUGGGCACUAGACGAGGAGCCGUCCCUUGAUAUCCUCAAGGCAGCAUACGACUGUGGCAUCAACACGUGGGACACUGCGGGCACCUAUUGCAGCGGCCUGGGCGAGCAGAUCAUCGGAAAGGCAAUCAAAAAGUUCGACAUCCCCCGCCAUAAAAUCGUGAUCAUGACCAAAUGCUACCACCAUGUCGGCGAGGAGCUGAACGUCAUCGGUAAUGCGUAUCCGGAGGUGCUGAACAAGAGCAAGGACUAUAUCAACCAAGGAGGUCUCUCACGCAGCGCCAUCUUCACAGCUGUGGAGGCUUCUCUUGCUCGCCUCGGAACCACGUACAUAGACGUCUUCCAGAUCCACCGGUAUGACCAUGAUACCCCGCCCGAAGAAACAAUGGAGGCCCUGCACGACCUCGUGAAAUCCGGCAAGGUGCGCUACAUCGGAGCAAGUUCGAUGUGGGCUACCCAGUUCGCACGGCUGCAGUUCGUUGCCGAGAAGAAUGGCUGGACCAAGUUCGUCAGCAUGCAGAACUACUAUAACCUCUGCUACCGCGAGGAGGAGCGGGAGAUGAUCAGGUUCUGCAACGAGACGGGAGUCGGCAUCAUGCCCUGGUCGCCUCUGUAUGCCGGACGUCUGGCGCGCCCGUUUGGGUGGGACAAGUCGCUCAGGUCAAAAAAGCCAUCGGGACACCACCCUGGCGUGACGGGGGAAGACGAAGAGAUUAUCAGAAGAACCGAGAAAAUCGCGGAGAAGAAGGGCUGGAAGAUGACGCAUGUCGCUUUAGCUUGGCAUAAGAGCAAGGGAUCAGUCCCGAGUGUGGGCUUGAACUCGGUCGAAAGGAUUCAAGAAGCCUGCGAAAUGCGCGACAAGUUUUUGAUUGAAGACGAGGUCAAGUAUCUGGAGGAGCCAUAUGUCCCUCGACCGGUCGUUGGACAUGAUUGA